AUGGCGAAAAUCGAAACAAUCGUUUUCCUCUCCUUGCUCCUCGACCUCUUCGCUUUCACAAUACCUCUACCGUUGUUUCCUCGCCUCAUAGAAUGGUAUACCCAGCGCGAGAUCACGUCGGACCCAAAUGGUUUCCUUCCUCGAACUCUUGCAUUUGUGUCUAGCGUUCGAAGUUUGUUGUACCAAUCCUCAUUGCAUUCGACGAAAUGGGAUAUCGUUUUAUUGGGGGGAAUCAUGGGAUCCGUGUUUUCACUACUACAAUUUCUGGUAUCACCCAAGAUUGGGUCCCUAUCCGAUAAAUAUGGACGCAAACGCAUCCUUCUUCUAACCAUGGUCGGAAACAUUCUCUCAGCUGCCGUAUGGCUUCAAUCUACGACUUUUGCCUCUUACAUGUUAUCGCGAGUUAUUGGAGGGCUCAGUGAAGGAAAUGUUCAACUCGCCAUUGCCAUCCUCUCCGACGUCACGACUCCCGAGACUAGAGCGAAAGCACUUGCACAUGUCGGAAUUGCCUUCGCCAUCUGCUUCUGCAUAGGUCCUCCUAUUGGUGCAUACUUUUCUACCCGACCUCUUCCUGCAUCUGCCAAUGUCUUCCAGACGGAGCUCAAUAUCUACGCCGUUCCGGCCUUGCUGACUCUGGUUCUUUUGGUUGCUGAAACCCUCUUCUUAGCCGUUGCGCUCCCAGAAACUAGAGGCAAAGGCAAAGGCAAGCUCGCUCAAGUCGAUGCAAAGAAGGCAUCAGGCAAACCGACCAAACCUAUCCUAAAAAGAAGUGUCGAACAGCGUAUCAGCUUGUUGAAGACACUCCGUUUCGUCCAUUUCCUUUUUUUAGGGGCCUUCUCUGGCGUCGAGUUCACGUUGACGUUCUUGACUUUUGACUUAUUUGACUGGAAUAACAAACAAAACGGUAUGCUCAUUGGCUCUAUUGGUAUCAUGAGCGCCCUCCUACAGGGCGGAUAUGUUCGACGGUCCAUGACAAAGACUGGCGAGGGAAACAUGGCCCGACGUGGUGUCUUGAGUUGUGCUACCGGCUUGGUACUUCUCGCUCUUGUACCUAUGUACGUGGAGAGCAACGUCAUUCUCGCCCGCCGAAUAUUGCAAUUGGCUGCAGCUUGCAUGGCUUUCACAUCUGCAACUGUUGUGAAUGCUCUCACCGCCUUUGCUUCAUUGCAGUGCGAUGAAACAGAGAUUGAUCCUGACACUGGUAAAACAUCUGUCGAACAUCCCGAGUUGGCGAAAGGCAAAGCGCUGGGAGAAUUCAGAUCAUCUGGGCAGCUGGGACGUGCGAUUGGGCCACUGCUUGCUUGUGCUGCUUACUGGACAGUAGGACCAAGUUCCACAUACUCUAUCGCAGCUGGAGCCAUGUUUUUCUUAUCAAUAUAUAUGAAAAGGACUGUAGUAGGGAAGUGA